AUGGAGCAACUCGAUGGGAGCGGCAACAGUGGGGGCGGCCUGCUGGCGGCGCUGCACGCGUCAAUGGAGCGGGCGCGCGUCGUGCUGCGCGUCCUGCGCGCGCUGGGCAAGCAGCCAGAGGCGCGCAACAGCAUCGACGUGAGCGUGGUGGCCGCGGAGACAGAGGCAUACUCCGCCUUUGCGCGCGGCGGGCCAGCACCCGCCACUCUGCAGCCAGCGGCCGGCGCCGGCGGUGCCAGCGCUGACGCCCCCACUGCUGGGGCCUCGCCGCAACCGCAAGACGCCGCGGCUGAUGGGGGAGCAGCGGACGAGGCGGCCCCAGACAGCGGGGGCGGCAGCGCGGGUGCCGGCACGGCAGCUUCCUCGAAGCAGGCCCCGCCAAAGGCCAGCGAGGGAGAGCUGCGGGCGCUGUUUGCAUCAAUUGAUGUGGACGGCUCGGGCGCCAUCGACGCGGAGGAGCUGCAGGGGGCCCUGGCCAGCAUGGGUGUGCACAAGAGCGAGGCCGAGGUGGCGGAGCUCAUGGCUGGUGUUGACGAGGACGGGUCAGGUGAGCUGGAUUUUGACGCCUUCAAGCUGAUCUUGACCAGCAAGCUGGGCAUGGGCGGCGAAGUUGAGUCUGACUGGACGCGCGUCGAGCUCGGCAGCAGGAGCGAGGAUGCAGAAACAGCCGGUGGCGACAAGCGGGCGGGCGGGCGCGGCGCCGGUGUGGAGGAAGCAACCUUGGAGCUGUGGCGGCGAGAAUUCCGGCAGGGCGGCUGCUUCGGGGAGGCGUCGCUGCUCGAUGAAAAGGCCCUGGAGGGCACCAUAGCCGCGCUGGAGGACGCCGCCCUGCUGGUGCUGCCCCGCGCGGACUACGAAGCCGUCCUCGCCGGCGGCUUCGACGGGCAGCUGCGUGCCAAGGCUGACGCCCUGGCGCGCUCCCCCGUACUCCGCGGAUGCCUGCAGAGGACCGACCCCCGUCUGCUGGCGCACGCGGCGCGCCGGGAGGUGCACCCCCUGCACGCGGUGCUGUACAGCGCCGGCCAGGCCCCGAGCGCCCUCCUGGUCGUGCUGGAGGGCUCCUGCAGCAUAUCCCGCAAGGCGCAGGGCGCCGCGACCGCGCCCGGCGCCCCGGCCGCGCCGUCGCCGAGGGCGAGGGAGCUAGGAGGCGCUGACGACGCGUGGGGGCGACUGCUGCAAUCAGACGGGCGGCCGGACGACGCCGGCGGCGAGGGCGGCGGCGGCGGAGAAGGUUUGGCCGCCGCCGCGGCGCUGCGCCGCCGCACUCCGCCGUCGCCACGGCGGCCGGAGCGGCGCGCGGAGGUGGCUCUCUUGGGGGCUGGCGACGUCGCGGGCGAGGCGCUGGUCACUGGGGAGCCGCGGCAGUCAAGCACGGCGGUCGUAAUGUCGGACAGUUUGACGCUGCUGCGCAUCGACGCUGCUGACGUGGCGCGCCUGUGGCACCCCGCUGACCUGUCGCGACUAAGGGAGCGGCUGCUGCUGCGGGAGGAGCGGCGCGCGGCCGCCGCCACCACCACCGGCGGCGCCGGAGCGCCGGCCGCGGGGCCGCAGGCACCGAUGCGGCCAGAGUCCGCCGCGGCGCGGGCGGGGAGGGGGUCUCAGCUGCCGGCAGGGACCGGGACGCUGUCGGCGUCGUCGGCGUGUGGCGCGGCUUCCCUGCUUCUGUCCACUGCGGGUCAGCACAUGCACAAACGGCACCCCUCAUUCUACUCCGGGGGCGACGACGAGGUGCGUGCACGCGUGCGUGGAUAG